GUAGCGGAAAUGAAUCUUUCCUAAUCUCGGCUCCGUGCGAAUCCAUUUGUAUACUUUCUAUUGUGUCCGAGACGGCGUUUCACGGCUUUCGCGCGCGCUCGAUCGAGCUGAAAAAAGGCAAUUAUAAAAGUAUAGCGAUUUGUCGAUUUGUCGCAGGUAAUCGUAGUCCUCCUUGUCGCUGGGCUCCUGGUGACGAUCAACGCGAUGCCGGCACCCGACAGCGCGGGAAUCGUCGAGAUGGUCAAUGGUCUCGCUUACGGCGGUAUUCCCUAUGGAAGCGUGAGCGGCGCGCUCGCGAAUUACAAUCAACCGCAACGACUGGCCUACCCCUACAACAGUCUCCAAGCGUCGGCCUCUGUCCUGGUACCCGAUACGAGGACGGCCCCCAUCGGCUACUGAGUCUCUCUAAGUUGUACAUCCAAAGAAUCAUCGAUCCAUCGACUUAUUUUCCAACGGUGCAGCGGCGUAGAGUGAAAUUUCUUUAAUUCGUAUACUGUUCUGCAUUCGAUUUUAUAUUGUAAGAUACUGUAAUAACUGCUGCUGCCGAGGGAAAGAAAACGUUUAUACUUUAUUGUAAGUUAAUUGCACGCACGUCCAAACUUUAAUUUGUUGUGAAACUUCCUGUCAUUCAUGCGCAGAAGAGUCGCUCGUCGUAUAUAUCUAUACUUGUGUCAUAUAAGAGAGCCGCGCGGCUUCAUUGUAUUGUAGAAUAACAUUAAGUAAUGUCUAAUCAUUCCUCCUUUUCCAUCUCUAAUAUUCUUUCGACCGCGGGUGUCGAGCCUAUGCAAUAUCAUCGUACGCACACUUGUCAUUAAAAUGUACGCAUAUUUUUUGCGAUUAAAAACUGCAUCAUAAAUGUUA